AUGGCUACGCCACGGAUUUUGAAAAAUGGUGGCUACCUCUGGCUUUUAAAUAGAAUGCAUUCAACCCACCAUGCCUGGCCCUACCUCUCCUUAGCUGAAAUAAGUUCUACCAUCAUGUCUUUGCAGGUGCUGGAUGAACAUCCGAGAUUCAAUCUUCGCAAUAUUCAACAGAUGCGAUGUCGAACCACCAGAGGUCGCUAUGUACAGAGUACAGAGUACUACAUCAUCAAAUUCUCAACGCACCAAAAGCCAAGACUUAAUCCCUUGAACAUCAGGGGCAAGCAAAAGGUCACACUUGGAUGCAUGCUGCAGGAUUAUGUAACAGAUUGUUACUGCAAUGCUGAUGGCUAUGUCAGAGUUGGGGUUGGAGACAGUGCCAAGUGA